AUGGUGACAGAAGUGCCCUCAGAUACCCUCGAAAUCAAGAAGGCAGAGGAUAAUCACCACACCGCAACGAGUGCUACGCCGGCUUCGGGCCGCGAUCCCGCAAGAGGUGGGGUCGGCAACAAGCGCGACAAUGAAAAGACUGACGAAGACGACAGGAGCAGCAGCAGGAGCGAAGAGGCGUCCGAGUUGCCUUUCUCCAAGGCGAGGUGUAUCGCCUUGGUCGCUUGUGUAACUGGUGCAAGCUUUCUCAAUACACUUUCGAUCCAAGCGGUUGUCAUUAUCCUGCCCACAAUUGGCGAAGAUUUGGGCAUACCAGAAAGUCGACAACAAUGGGUCAUCUCAGCAUACUCGCUGACGUUUGGUUGUUUCUUGUUGCUAUGGGGACGCAUCGCUGAUAUAUGGGGGAAACGUCUCAUAUUCAUUCUGGGGAGUGCAUUCGUGGCGGUGACCAUGAUUAUAAAUCCAUUUCUACCAAGCGAGAUCCUGUUCAAUCUGUUCCGGGGACUACAAGGCCUUGGUGCUGCGGCCAAUGUGCCAACAGCUAUAGGAAUUCUAGGGGUAACCUUUCCGCCAGGGAAGGCAAAGAAUUAUGCAUUCAGCGCAUAUGCUGCCGGUGCGCCCCUGGGUAGUGUCUUCGGCAACCUUCUAGCAGGCUUCAUCGCGUCAUACACGAAUUGGAAAUGGGUCUUCGGCGCGCUCGCCGCCCUCGCCGUGGCCGUCACGGCUGCCGGGAUAUUUUUCAUCCCGCCUCCCCCGCCAAAGACAAUCGCAAGCACCGGAAGCGUCUCCUUAGCCCGCUCAGUCGACUGGUUCGGCGGCUUCCUGAUCACUGCAGGCAUCCUAGCCCUCCUCUUCGCUCUCACGGAAGGUAACGUCGUGGGAUGGGACACAGUCUGGAUCUACAUGCUCAUCGUCAUUGCACUGAUCCUCAUCGGCAUAUUCGUCGCCUGGCAGUACUACCAGGAGAAGCACACAAGCCGACCUCCCCUAAUGAAAGUGACCAUUUUCAAGAACAAACUCUUUAGCGUCGCUAUGGUGAUCAUGGCUAUGUUCUUCGCCUCCUUCAACGACUUCCUCAUCUAUGCUACGUACUUCUGGCAGGAAUACCAGAACCUUGGGCCUCUGCAGACGACGCUGAGGUUCAUACCCACUGGAGUCUGCGGCAUCAUUGUCGCCUUUAUCAUGUCGCGGCUCAUCUCCAAGGUACCCACAUACAUGCUUCUUAUGUUUGGCAAUCUAGCCGUCGCAAUAUCAUGCUUACUAUUCGCCAUUACUAUCCCCUCCAACACGAGCUACUUCGCCGUCGGUCUUCCAGCCAUGAUCCUCUCGGUUGUCGGCGCGGACGCCACAUGGCCUUGCCUGACGCUGUUCACCUCGAAAUCCCUGCCGAGCGAGGACCAAGCGCUGGGCGGGGCGCUGAUCAACGCCUCUGGGCAAAUUGGGAGGGCAAUUGGGCUAGCCAUCACUACGGCGCUGCAAACGGCAGUUAUGGCGAAGCAGAGGGGGUUACCCGUAGAGAGCGUGGGGAAAAUUGGAGCUUGGGAUCCAACUUCUUUGGUUGCUAUUAGGGCGGCAAAUUGGUUCAACUUCGCGUUGUCGCUUUGCUGCAUGGUUCUCGUUGGUUUGGCGUUUCGAGGGACGGGGAUUGUGGGGAAGAUUGAGAAACGGUCUGGGCGGGUUCGUGGGCAGGAGAGAAUCGUGGAUGAGGAGGAUAGUCGGCGGCCUUAG